GCCGGAGCCGCGAGAGCAGCGCGAGCAGCACAGCAGCAUGGCGGGGCCGCGCCGCCCGCCGCCCGGCCGCCCCCGCCGCCGCGCCGCCGCCGUGAAGCUGCUGCUGGGCGUCUUCCAGGUGCUCCUGCCCUGCUGCCGCCCGGGAGGGGCGCAGGGACAAGCGAUCGAGCCGUUGCCGAACGUGGUGGAGCUGUGGCAGGCGGAAGAAGGGGAGCUGCUGGUGCCCACUCAGGGCGACUCUGAAGAGGACCUGGAGGCGCACUAUCAGGAACACAGCUUCUCCGACAAACUCUUUGGUGGAAAGGGCUUGCAUUUCCAGCCGUCAGUCCUGGAUUUUGGAAUUCAGUUCCUGGGACAGCCCGCGGCCAAGGUUCUCCACGCCUACAACCCGAGCCGGGAGAGCGAGGUGGUGGUGAACUCCGUGUUCACGGCUGCCCGGCAUUUCCACGUGCCUCCCGUGCACUGCCGGGUCAUUCCAGCGCUGGGGAAAACUUCCUUCCGGAUUAUUUUCUUGCCUACCGAAGAGGGAAGUCUCGAAAGCUCCUUAUUUAUUAAUACCUCCUCCUAUGGAGUCCUGUCCUACCACGUCUCUGGAGUGGGCACUCGCAGAAGCUCUCCAGAAGGGUCUGCGAAGCAGCUGCCCAACGCCUACUUUCUGCUCCCUCAGGUCCAGAGCAUUCGGCUCUCUCCGACGCAGGCAGAAACCACUAAUACCAGCCUGUUACAGGUACAACUGGAAUGCAGUUUACAGAAUAGCAUGUGCCAGCAGUUGAAGAGCUGCCCCCUGGAGUCCGAGGAUGCUCUGCGGCUACAGAUGAGCAUGAUCGUGACCAUGGAAAACACCUCCAAGGAGCUGGAGGAGAACACGCAGGACUUGCUGGACCACCUGGCCAUUGUCUAUGUCGCGACAGACAAGUCUGAGGUCUCAGGUGAUUCCACAGUGAAUAUGUACGUGCUCCACUCAGGAAACAGCCUUCUGUGGAUACAGGACGUCCAUCAUUUGUCGCAGAGAGAGGUGCCGCCCCUGCAGUUUGAGCCAGUUCUCCUACCGACUUCUACAACCAACUUCACAAAAAUCGCCUCUUUCACUUGCAAAGCUCCAUCGUGUGGAAUGAAAGAAGAUGUGACGCGGAGAAAGAACACUCCAACACUAAGUUCUUGCCUGUCCUUUCCUGUGGUUCACGGGUACUUCCGGGUGGACUCGUCUGCCAUCCAGUUUCACUUAGAGGCUCACGAGAACACAUCUGGAGUUUGGUCCAUCUGGUGCCUCAACCACUUGGACCGACCUGUCGUAUUAAGUGAUGUUUUUGUUUCCAGAGAGGCCAAGCACAUUUUAAAAAUUCUGAAUUUCACUGGCCCUUUACUUCUACCUCCAGGCUGUUGGAAUAUAUUUUCUGUGAAGCUUGUUGUUAAAGACAUUGCCAUAAAUCUGUUCACCAAUGUAUUUUUGACGACAAACAUAGGUGCCAUUUUUGCAAUACCUCUACAGAUUUACUCUGCGCCGACCAAGGAAGGGAGUCUGGGUUUUGAAGUGAUAGCACAUUGUGGCAUGCAUUAUUUCAUGGGAAAAUCAAAAGCAGAAAACCCUGGCUGGGAAGGGAGCCUUUCUCUGGAUCGUUCAACCUGGGGCGUUGAUUCUGAACUUGCAGACAAGCUCUACGAGAGAUGGAAGAGAUUGAGAAGUGGUGGCGUGUGCAAGAGGAAUGUGUUGGGAAUGACGCGCUUUGCCCACUUGAGGAAACCCAAGGAGUCCGAGCCCUUAGGAUUCUUUCUGCCUCGUUUGCCCGCCGAGCCCGGCCUGGUGUUGAACUUCAGUGCCACCGCCCUGAGGAACAGCGCGGUGAAGUACUUGGUGCUGAGGAACCCCUCCUCGUGGCCACUGUCCCUGCAGCUCCUGCCACUGUCCUCGUACCCGGCCCCCCAAGCUGUAGGACGCUUGUUGCACAAGUGGUUUGGUGUUGACAUGCAGAUGAUGAAUUUCACAACGGGUGAAUUCCAGCUCACCAAAGCUUGUCCUUACCAGGGUCACCGCUCUGAAGGGCCCGGCGCGGCCAGCCUCCUCCUGCAGCUGCAGCCCCUGGAGACGAGAAGGGUGGGGGUGGUCUUCACCCCCGCCGACUACGGGAGGGUCGUCUCGCUGCUGCUCCUCCGAAAUAACUUGACCAUUUUCGACCUGAUUGUCGUGGAAGGAUUUGGGGCCAGAGAGUUGCUGAGAGUGGGCGGCAGACUUCCGGGCGCAGGAGGGUCUCUGCGCUUUAAGGUGCCUGAGUCCACGCUGAUGGAUUGCCACCGACAGCUAAAAGACAGUAAGCAAAUUCUGUCUAUUACCAAGAACUUUAAAGUCGAGAAUAUCGGGCCACUCCGGGUCACUGUGACAUCCUUGAGAAUUAACGGGUACAACUGCCAAGGUUACGGAUUCCAAGUGCUCGAUUGUCAUCCGUUUUCCCUGGACCCGAACACUUCCCGGGAUAUCAGCAUCGUGUUCACUCCAGAUUUCACCUCCUCCUGGGUCAUCCGCCAGCUGACGCUGGUCACAGCGGCCAACCUUGAGUUCCACUUCACUCUCAACGUGACUCUGCCUCACCACCUGCUGCCUUUGUGUGCCGACGUGGUCCCGGGCCCCAGCUGGGAGGAGGCCUUCUGGAGGCUCACGGUCUUCUUCGUCAGUCUGUCCCUCAUGGGUGUGAUUUUAAUCGCCUUCCAACAAGCCCAGUACAUUCUCAUGGAGUUCAUGAAAACAAGGCAGAGGCAGAACGCCAGCGCUUCAUUGCAGCCCGACAGCAGCCAGACGGACGUGCUCAGCGCCCAUCCACACAGAAGCAAUUGCAAGAACUUCCUCGAUACCUACAGCCCCUGUGAUAAAGGCCGAGGCAAGAGCUGCCUCCCGGUGAGCCCCCCGCCGCAGGGCCGCGUCCAGAAUGCUGCCAAGCGAAGCCCGGGCACCUACGGCCACUCUCAGAAGAAGCACAAGUGCUCGGUGUACUACAGCAAGCACAAACCCGGCACCUCUGUCCCCAGCUCGGCCAGCGCUGAGGAGAAGCAGAGCCCGGUGCCCGGCGGCCCCCUGUCCCCUCCGAGAGUGGACGGCGGCACCGAGCUGCUGGCGGACAACUGGGUGAACCUCAAAUAUGCAAAUGGCCUCGAUGUCAGCCUGCAAAAAAACCUAACCCUCCCCAAAAACUUACUGAAGAGGGAAGAGAACACACCGAAAGCGGCAGCUGGUGUGAGUCCUUCUUCGGAACUCCUCCGGAAGGAGGGAACCCAGACUUGUAUGUUUCCUAAGGAAACGGAAAUCCACAUUUCAGAAAGCCUCGCUGAGCCCAGGGAACCGGCCGAGCUCUCUCCUCUGAAGACCUCUAAGAAGCUACCUGAGAACCAUUGGCAGAGAAACUCACCCCCGUUCCAGCCCAACUUGCCAGAAAUUUCCAGGAAAGACACUGGAAAUAACCAGCAAGUGCCUGUCAAGACUGAAGUCGAUAAUUGUGAAAAUUUGAAAAAGGGAGACGCAAAGACUUGUUCUGAAAAGAAAAUUUCCAAGGCGUCUAAGGAUGACACGAGCGCCGAGAGACAGGACUUGCCUUCCCCAGAGCAGGAAGAUUCUUCCAGGAAGAAGAAGGUUCAGGAGAAAAAAGAAGGGAACUUACUAAGUUUAAACUGUAAUAAAAAUCGAGUGUGUAGGAAAAACAAGAAAAGAGGCGCCCCACAGCUCCUAAGGCCCGUGGAGCCCAGCGAGUCGAAGCUGGUGGGCGGUGAACUCGGAAGGUGCGAGCCGAGCAGCGCCAGCCGCGAGCAGACCUGGGCCGCGCAGGACAGCUCGGGAGAGGCGGGGAAAGCAGGUGCCCAGCCGGGUGGCAGCCAGCCCGGGGCGCAGGGGGAGGCAGACGGAGUCGCCCCGCCGCAGCCGUGCCCCGAGAAGGCCUGCUCAGACUCCGGUUCCGACUGCGGCAGCGCCUCGGGCAGCGUGCGGGCCAGCCGGGGCAGCUGGGGCAGCUGGAGCAGCACCAGCAGCUCUGACGGGGACAAGAAGACCCCCGCGGUGGGCGCGCCGCACUUCCUGCCCGCCGGAGACGGUGGUUCGCCCAGCGACUUCGCCCCGGAAGCUCCCAUCUCCUUGACCCUCUCUCACGACGCCGGUGACGCCACAGACGUGGACAGUUUCCCGCAGUACACAGAGCCCCCGUGUCCCAGCCUUCCCGCUGGGCCUGCAGGUGUGGAAGAAGACAAAGGUCUCUACCCACCCGGAGACCUCUGGCCUGCCCAGCCCGUGUGUGUGACGAGUGGCUUCAGCUGCACCCUGGAGAGUGGCGUGCCUGGUGUGCUUCAGGGCCCCGCCCCCCUUCCCACCAGCGGUUUCAUUGACUGGAAUGCAGCUUGCGAAGGCCAGUUUCCCAAUAUGUACUGUCCAUUGGACUUGAACGAUUACAAUGCUUUUCCAGAAGAGAACAUGAGUUACCCCAACGGCUUUCCCUGCCCGGCUGAGGUGCAGAGCGACUUCAUCGACCCCAGCUCACAGUCGACCUGGAACGCAGCGCCCAGCUUGCCGGCCGCCUGGGGACAUCCCAGCCUCAUCAGCUCUCCGCCCUACCUCACGAGCACCUGCAGCCUGUCUCCGAUGUCGGGACUGUUCGGCUCCAUCUGGGCCCCCCAGAGCGACGUGUACGAGAACUGCUGCCCGCUCAGCCCCGCCGCGGAGCACUCGGCGCACAUGGAGAACCAGGCGGUGAUGUGCAAGGAGUACUACCCGGGCUUCAACCCGUUCCGCGCCUCCAUGAACCUGGACAUAUGGACUACCCCCGCCAGCAGGAACCCCAGCUUCCCGCUGUCCCGGGACCCGAGCUACUGUGGGAACGUGUGAAGAGAACCGGGUUUUUCAACAAUGUGAAUAAAGAGGCUUGUGUUUUGGUUACUAGCGUACAUGGAUCGUUGACAUAGAUACGGCCUGGGUGGAUACUUGGGCACAUUUAUACGAUAAUAAAUCCUUUUUUUUUUUUUU